AGAAGGGAGGGAGGGGGAGGGUGACGAAGGGUACACACACCACAGUGUGAAAAGAGUGCAGCAUGUAGACUGGCUGCACACUCCACUUGCCGAUAGAGAGACAAACUCUUGCUCAGCACACAUGCACAUGAAGAGUGUGUGAGAAAUGCCCAGGCUACUGCCCAUGGACACAUGCACACAUACUCUGGCAGGGCAUCAGAGAGGACAUACAGACACCCAUGCCUAGAAGCCAUGGAAAGCAGCAUGUUUUUCGGUAAUGCGUGUCAAAAUGGCCUCCUGCCUACUCUGGUACGUCCUACUCUGCCCACGCUCCAACCAUCUCUGGGUAUGAAGCAUUUCCUCCCGUUUCCACUGGAUACAGCUUCAGCUGUAAGGCUCUACCCCAGUUUCAGUGCGAUGGACCCAAUACAGAAAGCUGUUAUGCCUCACACGUUUGGAGUACUUCCCUCAGCAAAACGAAAGCAUGUCUCGUGCAGUGUGUGCCAACUAAGGUUCAACUCACAGAGCCAAGCCCUGGCCCAUUACAAAGGAACCAAACAUGCCAAGAAGCUGAAAACUCUGGAUGCUCCCAAAUGCAAGCUCAAAGGCUUAAUGGUCACCAAGGAAACAACCAACCUGGAGAUCUCUAGGAACAUCAACACUUCAGCAGUCUCCAACUGCACUGACAUGAAAGAUAACAACCCUGAAGUGGCACAUCUGCCAUUAUCUCCUGUACUCAAAUUGACACCGCCUCUGACACCAACGUUGGCACCUCUGGCAACUGAGCUGACCCCAGUUCCCCUCACAACCACACGGACAGAGACUACCUCAGCCAUGUUAGAGGAUGAGAGGCAGCCGUCUAAGCCAACCUCGCCCCUGGAAGUGGACGAGGAGGCGGAAGCCGAGGCCGAGCCGGAGACAGACACCGAGACGGAGGAGGAGAAAGCCAAGCGUCUGCUGUACUGCUCUCUAUGCAAGGUGGCCGUCAACUCAGCCUCCCAGCUAGAGGCUCACAACAGCGGUACAAAGCACAAAACCAUGCUGGAGGCCAGAAAUGGCAUGGGUUCAAUCAAGUCCUUUCCCAGGGCAGGGGUCAAAAGCAAAAUGACCAUGCCCACCAAAGCAGCCACGGGCCUGCAGAACAAAACCUUUCACUGUGAGACCUGCGAUGUGCAUGUCAACUCAGAGACACAGCUCAAACAGCACAUUAGCAGCAGACGACACAAAGACAGAGCGGCAGGCAAACCAGCCAAACCCAAAUACAGUCCCUACAUCAAACCUGCAAAAGACCUGACCAAACAACCAGUGAAGCUGACCGUGUGUAAAGAAGUAUGCCAGCCUAUGACAACUGCCCAAAUCUUGCCCAGCCACCUUGCAGCUAUGGCGGCAGCCAUGGGCUCUGCCUUCUCAUUGCGUACAACCCAUACCCCAAACCACGCCCCUACCCUCUUUCAGACACAGACCCUGUCUGCAGCGUUGCUUCGCCCCGCCCCAGGCCCAGUCAGGACCUCCCAUCCACAGAUUCUAUUUGCUCCCUACUAAAUCACAACACCACCCUGUUAUGGAAAAACUAUGGAUCUCAUUGUGGAGCGCAUCCGGAGGGAUAUGAAGCGUGCUAUGCAUUUGGGCUAAAGAUCAACUUUGUCUGUAAGAUGCGGACUACUGGAAACUAUUAUCAAUUGAACUCGACACCUCCAUCCCUCACCUUUGGCUAUUUGGAUUAUCUUGUUCCAUAUCAGUAUCUACCUUCAAUCUUCUGUUCAACUGGACUAUGUUUUUUUCUUCUUCAGAUCCUUAAUUUAUUUAUGGGUAAGAUCAGAACCCAGAAAUCCUUUUAUUUUUCUCAAAAAGAACUUCUGGAAGUUGAACACUGAUUGAAUUCUGCCUUAAGUUUUAGCUCAUGUGUCAGCUUACAUGACGUGUGCUUUGCAGAUCCCCAGCACCUAGCAACAUGAUACAUCAAAAGAUAACAGGACAGAAAGUGUCAUGCCCGAUUUACUUUUUAUUUUUAGUUUGAUUUGACUUAUAUAAAGAACCUCUUUUAACCCUGACAACACAAAAUAAACAAUGAAAUGUAGGGACGCUUAAAUAUUCAUUAGGAUUGUCUGAAUGGGCUAACUCAUGAUGCCAACAUACAUGGAUUCAUUGCUGCAAACCAGGUCUGACUUCCUGUGUACCUCCCACUGUUACAUGCUAAUGAUCCCACACAUCUUUUUCCCUUGCCCAUGCACACUCCUAUUCUAAAACCCUCGACCUACAUUGUACCGCAAUAAUAUAUAACACAAACUGCCACUAUGCAGUGUCAUUUCUGUCUAAUGCAAACACAGUUUUAGUUAAAACUGUACAAGGGAAAUACUAUUCAUGAAGCUACUGUGUCACACUCAGACCAUUGCUUUAGUGGAGGUUACUAUCACUUGUAUUUAAGACUAAAUAUACUGAGAGAAGGAGUGAGCAAGCCCCCUUCCACUUUGCUGUAUGCACUUUACACCCCUUCGUUCUCUGUCUGCUUUAGAUGGUUAGAGUAUUGAGUAUUGUAUCUUCUCUUGAAUAAUGUGUGUUUGUGAUGUCUGUCAGUGUUUUCCCUGUCCAUCUGUGAACAUGAAAGUUUGUGUGUAUGUGUAUGAGUGGUUUCCUCUGCUGUUAAUUGCCCCUGAUGAUGUACAAGCUAGAGUCUGUUCUGAAUGACCAUGAGCUUGAGGGACCACAAGAAGCUUGUGUACUGUGCUGUGUCAUGUCAUGUCAAUGUGUUACAGGUGAAUAAUUCCAAAUAAAGAGUCUUACUU